AUGCGCACAGGGACGCGCCGGGAUACACAAUGGAGUCGGACGUACACAGGCACGACUGGUAUGAACACUAGAAGCCCCGUCGCCAUGAAAAGCAGCAGUUAUUGUAUUAUUAUGAAAUAGCCGCGGAGAGUGGCGGAGACGCCGUCCACAGACGACUUGAGUCGGAGGCGAAAGGACGGCUGAAUAUUGAGUUCAGCCGCGGUCUCCUUUCGAGCAGCCGAGGAUCCUUGUGACUGUCCUCUGCACUCCCCAUGCCUUUGUCCGAAAGAGCACUGAAAUAGUAGACAACCCGUCCGAGACGACCGCCGAGGAAGAUGUCAGAGGUCAACAUAGCAAAGCGCAAGGAGAAGUGCGAGAACUGCACCAAGCAGUGCAACAAGAAGCAGACGGAGGACGGUGCCAACUCCAACCAGGAGGGAGAAGAGGUCAACGGGCAGGUGAACGGAGCGUCCCAGUUGUUGCUGAGCGCCUGCCUGUCCUGCGACGGCUGUUUGUCAGACGAAGAGAGCCUGAAGAUCUCUCAGCAGAGCUUGGAAGAAGUGGAGCGUGUUCUGGCGCUCAACAAGAAGUGUGACACGUCCAAGCACAAGGUGCUGGUUGCGUCCGUGUGUCCGCAGUCCCUGCCUUUCUUCGCCGUCAAGUUUGGCGUGGACGUCACUGAAGCCGCCCACAGACUCUGCGGUUUCCUCAAGAGCCUGGGAGUGCAGCACGUGUUUGACACCACUCUGGCAGCAGGCUUCAGCAUCUUAGAGAGUCAGAAGGAGUUCAUUCAGAGGUAUCGCAGGAGGCACCAUGACUCCCACGCUCUCCCCAUGUUCACCUCCUCCUGCCCAGGGUGGAUCCGCUAUUCUGAGCGCGUCCUGGGCAGCCUGGUCACCCCUCAUAUCUGCACCGCCAGGUCUCCACAACAGAUCAUGGGCAGCCUGGUCAAAGACUACUUCUGCAAACAGCAGAAGUUGAGUCCAGAGAAAAUCUACCACAUGGUGGUGGCUCCCUGCUUCGAUAAGAAGCUAGAGGCAGUCAGAGAAGAGUUUUACAACAGCCUGCUGGAGACCAGGGACGUGGACUGUGUUCUCACCUCAGGAGAGAUCUAUUACCUGAUGGAGCAAAGGAAGGUGUCAGAGGAGGAGCUGGACUCGGUCCCACUAGACCAAGUGCUGGGAGACACUGGGGACGUGGCGCUGGUGAGGCAUGACGGUCGAGGCUCUGAAGGUUUCCUGGAACACGUGUUCAAACAUGCUGCUAAAGAGCUCUUUGGUCUGGACGUCCACGAGAUCACAUACAAGACCCUCAGGAAUCGGGACUUCCAGGAAGUGACGCUGGAGCGGGACGGAGAGACUCUGCUGCAGUUUGCUGCCGUCUACGGUUUCAGGAACAUCCAGACGCUGGUGCAUCGCAUGAGAAAAGGACGUGUGCCUUACCAGCUGGUGGAGGUGCUGUCCUGCCCAGGAGGGUGCUUGAGCGGCCGCGGUCAAGCAGAGAGCGAAGCAGGAGGCCGGGUGGACAAAGCCCUGGUCCAGCAGAUGGAGGAGGCCUACAGCAGCCUGCCGGUCCGACUCCCAGAGGUCAACCCCGCCCUGCACACCCUUUACCAAGACUGGCUGCAGGGCCAGGACUCAUGCCAGGCUAGCAAGCUGCUCCACACGGAGUACAGGAAUCAGAGUCAGAGCCACACGCAGCCCCCGCACAUGCAGUGGUGAUAGGACAGGGGCUGGAGAAUGAACAAAUGGUUGGUGGUGGAUUUUCUGCUUGGACCAUUUCAUCUUUAAUGCUGCUCCGUGAUGGGCAUCUCACUCAUCAGUGAGUGGAAGUCGUUUCUCCGUUUGACCACAAGAGGGCGCUACCUGGGUUUUAAAUAAAUUGCGGCCGCACCGUCCAAACCUGGAGCGUGAAGAGGUGGAUAAGUGUCCGUAGUCCAGGACAACAUUUUGCUGACAAAAUUAGUUUGGAUAAUGGCUAAAGAAAAAAAUAAAUAAAGUGCACGCGGCCUCAUGUGCCAGCUGUUCUACGAAAUGAUGUCAUCUGUAGCAAGUCUAAACUAUUUACCCGUGUGUACAUUUACAGAGCAAUAAGCCACUUGAUGUAUGAGAUGCUAUUGUCACAACUCAUGAGCUGAACUUGUGAACUCUGAAUGCGCAUUUAAAAUAUUCCCGAUCCUCAUUGUCUGAUACGUAACAUUCUGUUUGACGCAGGGCUGUGUCAGGACAGUCAGGGGGCCCCAGGCAAAAGGUUUCCUGUCCACUUGCGAUGGCCCUGGUUUUGUCUUUAAUUUAGCUCCAUUGUUAUCCACCAUUAUGAAAAACCAGAUACCUAUGCAAUAGUGUCUCACCCCGACCGUGACUGGACAGUACGCAUGACUGGAGUCCUGUGUGUGGAUUGACCCGUCCCAGUGAUUAUUUUCAAUGGUACAAGAGUCUUUUGUUUGUAUUAUCGGCAUUCUACAAACUAGUAUUUUUUUGUUAAGUUAUACGUCUUUUGUUCGUUGUUUUACAAGCUCACACAUUCACGUGCUACAAAUGUAAAUCACUAAAAGUGUUGCCUCAAUUAUAAUGAGUCUCUGUUGAUGACUGAUAUGAAGACUUUUAACACAUAAACCCUCCAGCUAAAGGAUUAAGAGGUUCGGGGCAGCAGCUGCAGACGUUUUUGAGAGGUAUGUAAUACGCUUUUAGACAUUUUUCCUGUUGAUAAUUAAUUUAACAAACCAUUUAACAGUCGGUGCUUUGUGAUGCGCCAAGAUUUCCGGCCCAGAUCUCAGACACCAGGAAAACAUCCCAUGACAAACUCGGUUACUGAUGAAAUAAUAGCUGCGUCUUUCCCGGGUUAUCAACUGGAAGGAACUGAAACUUCCAAAGGGCAACAUUAAGGGGAAAAAAGGAGAGUUAAGAUACAAGUUAAAAUGUUACUACCUUCACUAACAUCCGAGCACGGGAUCACAAGUUGUCGGCUUUUCUUUCAUUGCCUGUUUGCUCAUGUAAGAAGAUGGUCAAUAAAUCCGCUAGUUGUACUUUA